AUGCCUGAGAGGGAGCUGUGGCCACCGGGGCCUGGCUUGGAACCCGUGACCCGAAUCGGCAGCUGUGACAGCAUGAUGAGCACCACUUCCACCCGCUCGGGAUCUAGUGACAGCAGCUACGACUUCCUGUCUGCUGAAGAGAAGGAGUGUCUGCUCUUCCUGGAGGAGACCAUUGGCUCACUGGACACAGAGGCUGACAGUGGACUGUCCACAGACGAGUCUGAGCCGGCCACAGCUCCCCAAGCUGCCUGGGCGCAGCCCCUAACCCAGCCUGCUCCCCAGGCACAUCCAGAGGAAACAAUCUUUCCGCAAGCACCAGAGCCAAGGAGAGACACUCAGUCCAGCUCAUCCCAUACCUCUGAGCCCCAAGGCCUGGGCUUCAGGUCUGGCUCCCAAAGCCUCCCGAGAAAUAUCCACAUUGGCAGAAACCAGAAGCCCAGGAAAAGCACCGCCCAGGCUAACAGCCACAUCCCUGGAGAAUCUGAGGAGCUUGUACCAGAGCCUGCAAGCAAGGGGGCCAGCCAGAGCAGUAAGACCGUCCUGGCACCCAGCAGACCCUGGGAGGCUGCGCUUGAGUUGGACGUGGUGCUCAUCCCCCCACCAGAGGCCUUCCGGGACACCCAGCCAGAGCGGUGUGGAGAAGACAUCCUGCCCAAGGGGCCAGGGCAACUGAGAAGCACACCCCAGCUCCACACAUCCUUCAGUCCCCAGAAGAGACAGGAGGCUUCUUCAGAGGCCAUGUCCCAAAAAGCCAAUGAGAAAGUCUCAGUGGGUGGCCCAGGACAAACCCAGCCUCCUCUUGCCUUGUCAUCUCAGAAUGCUAGAGCUGAAGAUCCUCCCCUCCCGUCCAGUGGGGAUCCAAGUGCCUGUCUGGCACCCCUCACAGCACCUAAGCCUCGGAAGCUGCCACCUAAUAUUUUUCUGAAGAGCAGCCGAAGCAGUUUCCACAGUAAUCCCCAGAACUGGCUGUCCCGCCACUCUGAGGCAGCCCCUAGAGAUUCUGGCCUGGUCUCCUCUUCACUACAGCAGCAGAGGAAAGCACGCAGAGAAGCACUGGAGAAGCUGGGGCUACCCCAGGACCAAGACAAGCCCAGCCUCCGCUUAAGUAAGCCCACCAGCUCCCUCAGACUCAAGGAGCCUCCUGCCCAGGCCACUUCCCUGGCUCCAGCUCCAGCUCAGGGACCAGUGAAGGCUCCAGCUCCAGCUCCAGCUCCAGCUCCAGCUCCUGCUCAGGGGUCCUCUCCAGGGAAGGUUUUGAUUCCUGCUCUGGGCCCGUCUCCAGGGAAGGCUCCAGCUGCCAAAUCCAUGCCAAUUCCCAUCCCUAAGGCCUCGAGUGCAAGCAGUUCCCUGACUCAGCCAAAGCCUGACUCAGGGCUGACCCUCCAGGAGAGCAAAUUUCCUGGCCUGAGACAGAUGAACUUCAAGUCCAAAACUCUGGAGCGUUCAGGUGUAGGGCUGAGCAGCUACCUCUCAGCUGAGAAAGACUCCAACCCCAAAACCAGCUCAUCUCUGGAAAAGGGCUCCUUCUUGGACAAGACCUCACCUAGCGUCUUGCGUAAUUCCCGGCCACGCCCCGCCUCAUUGGGCACAAGGAAGGAUUUUGCUGGUAUCCAGGUGGGCAAGCUGGCUGACCUGGAACAGGAGCAGAACUCCAAGCGCUUCUCCUACUCAGGACAGAGCCGUGACAAGCUGCCUCGACCCCCCUGUGUCAGUGUCAAGAUCCCCCCAAAGGGCGUCCCUGAUGAACACAGAAGGGAGGCUCUGAAGAAGCUGGGACUGCUGAAGGAGUAG